AGCUCCUCCUUGAGCAGCAAGGAGAAAAUUAAGGGCUAUAUGGUUUUGAAUUAUUAUUUGUUGGAGGUUUUUUUGGGUGUUAGCCAAGGCAGCAACGGCCUUUGAGAGUUUUUUGUGACCUUUAUUGAAUUUAUGAGCCAUGAUUUUUAUCAUAGCUUGGAGGCGUAGUGUAAAUCUUUUAAGACAAGCAGUGCCUAUUCCCGGGAGUAUAUCUGUUAAAGAACACUCGACUAAUAUUUUUUUGGGGCGACACGUAGGGGGUACAUGUGGCAGUACAUCCUCUGCAAAAAGGCUCCCCACUCACCGCCGCCAGGCUUCCAUCACCAUGCUUCCACCAUCACCAGCACAGCCAUGUCCCCCAGCCACCGGAGCCAUGUGCCAUUCAUGGUAUAUGAUUUCUGUAUUUGCUGUAUCUUGUCUCCUCUCCUCUGCUUGGUGUUCUGUGGAGAAGAAUGCUGUCUGGGGAGGUUGACAGGUCAUGGAAAAACCCCAAAAGAUGCUGCCUCAGUUCGCGCCACACAUCCUAUUCCUGCAGCCUGUGGAAUAUACUAUUUUGAAGUUAAAAUUGUCAGUAAAGGAAGAGAUGGUUACAUGGGAAUUGGGCUUUCUGCUCAAGGUGUGAACAUGAAUAGGCUACCAGGUUGGGAUAAACAUUCGUAUGGUUACCAUGGAGAUGAUGGACAUUCAUUCUGUUCCUCUGGAACGGGACAACCCUAUGGCCCGACGUUCACAACUGGUGAUGUCAUUGGUUGUUGUGUAAACCUUAUCAACAAUACCUGCUUCUACACGAAAAAUGGACACAGUUUGGGUAUUGCUUUCACAGAUCUACCGCCAAACUUGUACCCUACAGUAGGGCUUCAAACACCGGGCGAAGUUGUAGAUGCUAAUUUUGGGCAGCAUCCAUUUGUGUUCGAUAUUGAAGACUACAUGCGAGAAUGGAGAACCAAAAUUCAGGCUCAGAUCGACAGAUUUCCUAUAGGGGAUCGGGAAGGAGAAUGGCAGACAAUGAUUCAGAAAAUGGUUUCAUCUUACUUAGUUCAUCAUGGGUACUGUGCAACAGCAGAGGCUUUUGCCAGAUCUACAGACCAGACUGUAUUAGAAGAAUUAGCUUCUAUUAAAAAUAGACAAAGAAUUCAGAAAUUGGUUUUAGCAGGAAGGAUGGGAGAAGCCAUUGAAACAACACAGCAGUUGUAUCCAAGUUUAUUAGAAAGAAAUCCUAAUCUCUUAUUUGCAUUGAAAGUGCGCCAGUUUAUAGAAAUGGUAAAUGGUACAGACAGUGAAGUUCGGUGUCUGGGAGGCCACAGUCCAAAGUCUCAAGACAGUUACCCUGUAAGCCCUCGAUCAUUUAGUAGCCCUAGCAUGAGCCCCAGCCAUGGAAUGAAUAUUCACAGUUUAGCAACCAGCAAAGGAAGCAGCACACACUUUUCAGGUUAUGAAAGUAGUUGCAGUAAUGGAGUAAUAUCAAACAAAGCACAUCAGUCUUACUGUCAUAGUAAACACCAGUCCACCAGCUUGAAUGUACCUGAACUCAACAACAUAAACGUAUCAAGAUCACAGCAAGCUAACAGCUAUUCCAGCAAUGAUGUAGACAUGGAAACAGAGCACUACUCCAAUGGGGUUGCAGAGACAUCAUCCAAUGGCUUCCUAAAUGGUAGUUCUAAACAUGAUCACGAAAUGGAAGAAUGUGACACAGAAAUGGAAGUUGAUUCAAGCCAGUUAAGACGUCAGCUUUGUGGGGGCAGUCAAGCAGCCAUUGAAAGAAUGAUCCAUUUUGGAAGAGAAUUGCAAGCAAUGAGUGAGCAGCUAAGGCGAGAAUGCGGCAAAAACACAGCGAAUAAGAAGAUGCUGAAGGAUGCCUUCAGUUUACUUGCAUACUCGGAUCCGUGGAGCAGUCCAGUUGGGAACCAGCUUGAUCCAAUUCAGAGAGAACCUGUGUGCUCUGUUCUUAAUAGUGCAAUACUAGAGACCCACAAUCUGCCAAAGCAACCACCACUUGCCCUAGCAAUGGGACAGGCUUCACAGUGUCUAGGACUGAUGGCCCGAUCAGGAAUUGGAUCCUGUGCAUUUGCCACAGUGGAAGACUAUUUACAUUAGCUAUGCAUUUGAAGAUCGGAAACUUAUUGUGGUGAAUAUUCAACGUGGAAGUAGACCAGCUCUGCGGACUGGAAUUUGGAUUUUUAAUUAUGUACUAAGGAGAGGUCUGUCGCUUUACGUUGCUUCCUAGUUUACAGCAUGAUGCAAAUGAUUUCUAACUUAGUGUUAGGAGAAAAUUUCCAUCUUUAAACCUCUUAGAGAACUAAGAGUUAAAUUUCAUGGAUUUUAACAUCAGACAUCCAGAUUGUCAAUUACAAACCCUUUACAUGAUUGUCCAAAACAAACCAAAAAUCCUACUGCUUUGCAGUGGGGCAGAAGACUAGAAAAUGUUGUGGAUGUAUUAGCAUGUGGGUGUAAACGUCAAGCAAGAUGACUUGCCAGCCUCCACCCCCAUUAUUACAUAGUUCAAUCAGUGUAAUUUGCAAAAUGCAUAAACAUCUGAUGGUUUGGAUAUAUAGUGUUGAUGGGAAGAAAUAUUUUUUAAUGUGUACUGUAAAACUUGAAAUACUCAGGAGCUGAGUGAAUAUGUUUGUUGCUACUUACAAUCCCAACCUGUUGAUCUUAGUAGUUUUUGUUUUAACAUGGUUUUUCAACUCUGUUUCCUUGUUUAACUACAGAAAGCUUCUGUUGUAGACUCACCAGUUUAACUGUUGUAUUAUAACAGUAUUACAUGUCAGCACAGUGUGGUUAUGACCUAUUUAUAUAAAAACCAAAUAUUUAGUCAAUUUACAGUCUUAAUUUAAUCUUUGUACACCUUGCAUUUUUAAAAGUGCUUAAAUAGUACUAUAUUGCAAUAAAACGUAGUGAUAUCAUAAUUAGUCAUUAAAAACUUACUUCU